GUGCUCAGUUUCAUUCCUUCCAGUGUCAGCCAUGGCGUCUGCUGAUCUGAGAGACGAGCUGCUCUGCUCCAUCUGUUUAUCUGUAUUUAAGGAUCCUGUAAUGCUGAGAUGUGGACACAACUUCUGCCGGGUCUGUAUUGAUCGUGCGCUGGAUACACAGGACCAGUCUGGACUUUAUUCCUGCCCUCAAUGCAGACAAGAGUAUCAGGAGCGGCCGACACUGAUGAGGAACAUAAAUCUCCAUAAUAUAGCAGAACGUUUCCUGGUUUCUCGAGACACCAUCACCGGGAUCUGCUGCACUUACUGUGUGGACUCUCCUGUCCCUGCUGUGAAGUCCUGUCUGCACUGUGAGGCUUCUCUGUGUGAUAAACAUCUGAGAACUCACAACAACUCACCUGAACACGUCUUAUGUGAACCUACAACUUCCAUGGAGAACAGGAAAUGUUCUGUCCAUAAGAAGGUCCUGGAAUAUUACUGCGCUGAGGACGCUGCUUGUAUCUGUGUGUCCUGCACUUUGGUCGGAGAACAUCGGGGACACCAGGUGGAGAUGAUGGAUGAGGCCUCUGAGAAGAAGAAGAAGAAACUGAGAAAUGACCUCCAGAAACUGAUCACAAAGAGAGAGGAGACUGCGGAAAUACUCCAAGAUCUGGAGGAACACAGGAGAAAAGAUCAAGAAAGAGCAGAUGGAGUCAUCAAGAGAGUCACUGCCCUGUGUACAGACAUGAGGAGACGGCUGGACGACCUGGAAAAGAAGGUCGUGACUGAGAUCUCCAGGCAGGAAAAGUCAGGGUCACUUCCACUGUCUGCUCUGAUCCAUCAGCUGGAAAUAGAGAAGGACGAGCUGUCCAGGAAGAUGAGACACAUUGAGGAGCUGUGUAACAUGACGGAUCCACUGACUGUCUUACAGGAACCAGACACAGGUGACUUGUGUGAUCCUGAGGAGGGGGGAGGGGAUGAGGACACAGGGGGACAUGAUAAACAGCUCCGUGAUGUAGAUAAUCUGGAUGUGACUGAGAUCUCGGACACAUUCCGCACAUUAUGUGACCUAAUAUCAGGUAUAAGGAUCUAUGGGGAGGGUCCUGCAGACAUAUUACUGGAUAUAAACACAGCAGCUGAUAAUCUCCGUAUAUCAGACGACCUGAAAACUGCAACCGGGACACAAGAGAAGCAGAAGCGUCCAGAAACAGCAGAGAGAUUCCAGAAUUAUUAUCAGGCGAUGAGCAGAAGGAGAUUUACCUCAGGACGACAUUACUGGGAUGUGGAGAUCAGUAGAUCAGGUAAUUGGAUGGUGGGGAUGUGUUAUCCCAGUAUAGACAGGAGGGGAGAUCAGUCACCCAUUGGUCAUAAUAAGAAGUCCUGGAGUUUGUGUAGGAAGUGGACAUGGUCUAAUAGUCACUUUUUAGUGAUACAUGACAGUAAAGAGAUCCGGUUACCUGACAAUAUCUCCAGUGAUAGAUUUAGGAUCUGUCUGGAUUACAAGGCCGGGCAGCUGUCCUUUUAUGAGCUGUGUGACCCCAUCAGACACUUACACACCUUCACCACCACCUUCACCGAACCCCUUCAUGCUGCAUUGUAUGUAUAUAAUGGUUCUAUAAAGAUAUUAAGGGGCAAAGCUAGAAGAAACCAUCAAUACCUAAAAAAUACAUCUGGAAACUUGUGACAUCCCAAAGACUGCCAUUUAACGGAUGGAUAUAGGAGUUAUUCACUUUUUGGACUUAUUUCUGGACUAUUCUGAUCACAUUGUACUUCACCUCCAUUAAGUCUCCACAGAUCAAUAAA